AUGGUUCUGAGCGCCAUCCUAGGCCCAGCGGGGUCCUUUCCCGAGACUGUGGUACCCGUCAGUCACCCCGGUGACCCGAAUGCAGACGAUGCAUGCGUCGAAAAGAAAUCCAGAGAAGGGAGGUCUAUCUCGGACAUCCAGGAUGAUGAAGGACAGGAGGAGAAGGAUAUCGAUACCCUAAUUGAAGAGCUGGAGUCCUUAGACGGCUACGCGGAGUUGAACAUCCAGGAAAGCAACCAAACCGGCCGACUGCGUCCUGUUUCGGAUGAUUUACUUCAAACAGAUUCUCAUACAGGUCUAAGCGCAAAUGAGGUUACAGUUCGUCGCAGAAAGUUUGGCUCGAACGAGAUGAAGGAAGCAAAAGAGAAUCUGUUCUUGAAGUUUGUAUGGUUCUUUAUUGGUCCUGUUCAGUUCGUGAUGGAGGCCGCUGCGGUCCUUGCUGCGUAUUUGAGAGAUUGGGUGGACUUGGGCGUUAUCUGCGGCCUUUUAUUACUCAACGCGUCGGUGGGCUUCGUCCAGGAAUUCCAGGCUGGAUCCAUUGUGAAGGAACUGAAGAAAACACUGGCUCUUAAAGCCGUUGCUUUACGCGAUGGCGUCAUAGUUGACAUUGAUGCAAGCGAACUUGUUCCUGGGGAUAUCGUCAAGCUCGAUGAGGUCGACCAGUCUUCAAUUACAGGCGAAUCUCUGGCGGUUGACAAGCAUAAAGGGGAUAUUUGCUAUGCCUCAUCUACAGUGAAGCGUGGUUGUGCUCGGAUUGUCAUCACAGCAACUGGAAACUGGACCUCUAUAGGGCAUGCAGCAGCAUUGGUCAAUGCUGCAUCAUCAGGCACUGGCCACUUCACUGAAGUUCUUCAUGGGAUCAGUAUCGUCCUACUCAUCCUCGUUAUAAUCACUUUGAUUAUCGUUUGGGUAUCCUCCUUCUAUCGUUCAAACAGCACCACCACCAUCCUGGAGUUUACUCUCGCCAUUACUAUGAUAGGUGUUCCAGUAGGCCUUCCUGCCGUCGUGACCACCACAAUGGCCGUUGGUGCUGCGUAUCUGGCAAAGAAAAAAGCCAUUGUUCAAAAGCUGUCUGCUAUUGAGUCCCUCGCUGGAGUCGAAAUACUUUGCUCCGACAAAACUGGCACAUUAACCAAGAAUAAAUUAUCGUUGACUGAACCUUACACGGUGGCUGGAGUUGAUCCUGAAGAGCUCAUGUUGACAGCAUGCUUAGCCGCCUCCCGGAAAAAAAAGGGCAUGGAUGCGAUCGACAAAGCAUUCUUCAAGGCAUUGUCUUCUUACCCAACAGCUAAGUCGAUGCUCACGCAGUUCAAAGUUCUCGAGUUUUCUCCGUUUGAUCCGGUCUCUAAAAAGGUCACAGCGGUAGUACAGUCUCCUCAGGGCAAACGCAUUACUUGUGUCAAAGGAUCACCACUAUUUGUCUUGAGAACUGUUCAGCAAGAUCAUCACAUCCCGGAGGAUGUCGAACAAUCAUAUAAGAACAAAGUCGCUGAGUUUGCAACUCGUGGGUUUCGUUCACUCGGCGUAGCUCGAAAAUGCGAUGGUGGCGAAUGGGAAAUACUCGGCAUAAUGCCAUGCUCAGAUCCUCCACGACAUGAUACCGCCAAAACUAUCAGCGAAGCUCAGACCCUGGGACUAUCGAUCAAAAUGCUAACCGGAGACGCGGUUGGAAUUGCUCGCGAGACUUCACGACAGUUAGGACUCGGCACAAACGUAUACAACGCAGAACGCCUUGGCCUCGGUGGCGGAGGGACAAUGCCUGGCUCUGAAGUUUAUGACUUUGUCGAAGCUGCCGACGGGUUUGCGGAAGUUUUCCCUGAACACAAAUACAACGUGGUGGAUAUCUUGCAACAGCGUGGAUACCUGGUCGCAAUGACUGGCGACGGCGUCAACGACGCUCCGUCACUCAAGAAGGCUGACACCGGAAUUGCAGUCGAAGGCUCUUCGGACGCCGCGCGAUCAGCUGCCGACAUUGUUUUUCUUGCGCCUGGCUUAUCGGCAAUCAUUGAUGCCUUGAAAACAUCGCGUCAAAUCUUCCAUCGGAUGUAUGCUUACGUGGUAUAUCGAAUUGCGUUAUCACUACACUUGGAGAUUUUCCUAGGCCUUUGGAUUGCAACCAGGAACGAAAGCCUGAAUCUGCAGUUGGUUGUUUUCAUAGCUAUCUUUGCCGACAUUGCAACGUUGGCGAUCGCUUACGACAAUGCUCCGUUUUCCAGCACUCCGGUGAAAUGGAACCUUCCGAAACUAUGGGGAAUGUCAAUUUUGCUUGGAAUUGUUCUGGCAGUAGGAACAUGGGUUACACUCACCACCAUACUGGCUGCCGGGGAAAACGGAGGUAUCAUGCAAAACUACGGCAGGCGGGAUGAAGUCUUGUUUCUGGAGAUCUCACUGACUGAAAACUGGCUCAUCUUCAUAACACGUUCUGAUGGUGCGUUCUGGGCAUCAAAGCGGCCGUCCUGGAAAUUGGUAGGAGCUAUCGCAGCCGUGGACCUUGUAGCAACCUGCUUCUGCGCUUUUGGCUGGUUUGUCGGUGGACAAACCUCGGCUCCUACAAUCCUCCGCAUAUACGUUUUUUCUUUCGGGAUCUUCUGCAUCAUGAGUGGUCUUUAUUAUUUACUGCAUCGCUCUAAAAGCUUUGACAACAUCAUGCAUGGCAAGAGUCCGAGAAGUGACAAACAACGUUCGUUGGAAGAUUUCUUGGUUGCAUUGCAACGAGUGUCAUCGCAACAUGAGAAAAGCUCAUUAUCCAGUAUGGAGAGUGGGCAGGCUACUCGGGGAGUUUAAUUGUAUUCAAUAUGUUGUAGUCUGCUUUGCCGAUCGGAUGGUUCCUUGCACUGCUUGUUAUUUUCUAAGAUGGUGAGAGUGUUUGUU